AUUGUUAUCGUUACCAAUAUGUAUGGAUAUCAGAUUUGUCCGUUUGCAAUAUGGAAUACUUCUACUUUCAUUUGAGUGGAAUAUUGGACCGAAUGUGAUAUGCGAAUAUUCCGGCGAUUCCUAUAUUUAAUAUUUGAUAAUGGGUAGAUUCUUGCAUUGAUGCCAUUUGUUAGUGUAAUGCUUGUUGCUAUACGUUUCAAUUCAAUAAAGGUUUGGCUGUGCGAGUUAUACACAUCCCUAGUUGUCAAUCCAUCUCAGCAUCUCCAAUCUGGGUGUCAUUCACUUUUUAUUUGAUGCCUAAGCAGAGUAUAUUGCUUUAAACUCGUUCUUCCUACUCAUAGGAUGUUGUGGGGAGUGACCUGAGGUUAAAUUUAGAUCUCUCCAGCGCUGAUGCUACAUCUGCACCUGUGUUCAUAGACACCAGCAGCGCUAACGCCUUCUUCUCGUCUGCACAAAUGCGGGAAGGAGGUCGGUUUGGAGAAGAGGGAUGGGGCUACGAGCCCGAAGGCGUGCUUCUGUCGAGAUUAAACAAUGCCUUCUUCCGGAAUCUGUGGCAUUUGUCUACAAUAGCGUUACGCACAUGGACGGACUGGCUCCUGUUUCUGUCGUUGCCUGUGCUGGUUGCUGCUUACAUCGCUGCGGGGUACUAUGAGAUGCUUGUUCCUGGAUACUUGUACACGACGCUGAUCGAGGACGAUUUACAAGGCUUCAUCCACAGAUGUCUUCAGCUUCUAGGGCUGGUGAUACUUAUCACAGUCCUCAAGACAUUGCGAUCAUUCACCACAUCCUGGCUGGCGAACUCGUGGCGAAUAAGCAUAACCAAUGAAAUCCAUGGCUUGUAUAUGUCGGAUCUGACCUUUCAUACACUCCGCAUGGAAUACGCCAGGAUUGACAACCCGGACCAGCGCAUAGUCACGGAUAUCAAGGAACUAACGAGCACCUUCUUCACGAUACUUGGUGGCGUGGGUGCAGGGGGGGCAUACGAAGCCUUUGGGAAUAUCCUGUGGUACUCCGUUCAGGUGGGCCAGAGGUGCGGGUGGUACGGUGUUGUGACUGGCUAUGUAUGGUCUGCUGUUAUGGCCCUCAUCAGCGUCGCCUUCAUCAACGUGGUCGCCCCGUGGGUGUUCCGACAGGAGCGGUUAGAGGCGGUGUUCCGAUUCUUGCACGUGACCUUAAGAACAAGGGCCGAGGAUAUCGCCUUCCAAGGCCACGGAACUCACGAAUACGAGACUUUGGACACCUCGCUUGUCCGGUGUGUGGAUAACACCAAGCAGAUCAUCUACCGUCAGAUCUAUCUGAACGUCAUCCAGUUCUGGUACGGCUACAUGACGACCUUUGUCAUGUACUUCUCUGUGGGGGUGGCCGUCUUCUCUGGACUGGCGUGGGAGUACACAGCUGAAGGCGAGCGUGCACAGUGGAUAGCGCAGACCUCGGGCAGCUUCAUGUUCCUGCUGUGGGGGUUUACUAUCUUGAUACAGCUGUCUACGCAAACCUCAGAUUUCGUCGCGUACGUCACACGCGUGUCCGAACUACACGACGCGCUGCUUGACAGCAAACGACGCAACGGGCACGACACACACCCAAACACAAACACCGCUCUGAAUGAAAGCCAGAUGUUCAUAGACAACCCCCAGACACUGGUAGUGGACAAGCUGCAGAUCACGUCUCCGGCUGCGGAGGUGCUGAUGUCGGGCCUGUCCUUUACUUUGGCCAAAGGGGACAGUCUUCUGCUCUUGGCUAGCUCAGGCAAGGGCAAGAGCUCACUCCUGCGAGUGCUCAGGGGUCUGUGGCCAGCCUCGCAAGGUAGUGUGUCGCUUCCCGCGAAGCUUAGCACUGGCACAGGCGGCUUGUUCUUCCUGCCCCAGCGCGCGUAUCUGGCGCACGAGCUGACGCUGAAGCAGCACGUGAUGUACCCCACCAUGCAGGCCGACGACGCGGCGUCUGAUGACACCAUCCGAGCCCUCUUGUGUGAGUUUGGCCUGGAGCGUGUGCUCGAGCGUGUGGGUGGGUUGGAUGUAAUCGCCAACUGGCACACCAUGCUGUCUGUUGGUGAGCAGCAACGUCUGUGUCUCGCUCGGGUGGUGUGGCACCAGCCGUCGAUUGCUAUACUGGACGAGGCCACCUCCAGUCUGGAUGCCGAAUGGGAGAAGCGUGUGUACCAAUCCUUUGUGAAACGCAACAUAGGGGUGCUAAGUGUGGGCCAUCGGGAGACUCUCUGCGCACUUCACAACCGAGUGAUCAAGCUGGCGUAAUGCUAUACACAUGAAUAGCCGAGAAAAGCCCCCCUGGUAUAUACACAAGCGAGAAAACCCCAGCUGAUAUAUAUACACAAGCGAGGAAACCCCAGCUGAUAUAUACACAAGCGUGAAAAUCCCAGCUGAUAUAUGCACGAGCGAGAAAAACCCAGCUGAUAUUUGCACAAGCGAGGAAACCCCAGCUGAUAUAAACACAAGCGAGAAAAACCCAGCUGAUAUAUACACGAGCGAGAAAACCCCAGCUGAUAACGCGAGCGAGAAUAACACUAGCGAGAAAGACAGAACUGAUAAAGACACAGGUGAUAAAUACACAAGCGAGGAAUGCCUACUCACGGUGUGAGUGAAGCACUUCACAGUUGAGCAGUGGUGUCUUACUUUAACGCUCUACAGCAGGGCAGUCUAAGCCUGGGUAGAGUGCCACACGGUUAUUGUAUGUGGUAGCACAGGCUAUGGUGUAACCCUGCACUACUCCCUAAACAAACGGUGGUAGCACAGACUAUGGUGUAACCCUGCACUCCCCCCUGAACAAACGGUGGUAGCACAGGCUAUGGUGUAACCCUGCACUACCCCCUGAACAAACGGUGGCAGCACAGGCUAUGGUGUAGCCCUGCACUACCCCCUAAACAAACGGUGGUAGCACAGGCUAUGGUGUAACACUGCACUACCCC